AUGCUGUUAACCCAACCCGCUACUGUGCAACCUCUUCAGCAACACCAAUUCUGUCACAACAGCCACAACAACCAUUCACAGUACCAGCAACAGCUCCAGCCUCAACCUCAACAACCACAACACUUCUAUCCUCAGUCACUCGACUUCGACUUCGACCUCGACACAUCUUUCGACGACGUAGCACAGGAUCUUAACUCGUCGAGCAUCUCAUCUUCACCACUUUCGACUCAAUCCUUUCUUUCUUCUCACUAUUCGUUGGCGAACCAGCCGGUCAGCCUUUCAGAUUACACUCCAUCCAACAUCGCCGUGCCACGAGGAGCGGUCAUUGACGACACGGCUUUCGACCACUCGUCUUUGAAUUUGAAUCAGAAUCAUCAGCAAGACCAUAUGCAUUCCGACGCUUGGGUGGUGGGGAAUCAGUACGCUCCCAAGUCGGUCGGCCGACUAUCUCACCAGCGGGAGUCCUCGCUGUCUUCUCUGGGCUCUGCUGGCCCUGCCUCACCCUACAAUCUUAACAUAUCGAACCCCCAGAUCGCGGUCACAGACUCGACAGCAGACGGUGUAUACGACAUGCAGUCCCACGACAGCAGUGCCUUCUAUCAGUUGUCCAGCAAGGCCAUGGCGGCGCCACACGAGAACAUGUAUCCGAAUUACAACGGAUUGAACAACAUCUCACCAGACAUGAGUGGUUAUGCAUCUGCUGUAAACGUCCAAAGGCCGCGUUCUGAUCGGAGUUUGCUUCCCGCUCCGGAACUGUCGGUCGCAGGCAACAGAUCUCACCCUAACUCGGUGGCGAGUUCCAUUGCCGGUGACUCACCCGCCACUCCGUCACACAUCGGGCAAGAAGAUGACCGGAGACGCAAAGCUGGUAAGGAUGCUUCUAAUAGUUUUGAUGAGUUUCUGAGCAUGUGCUUACCAAUUUUUGAUGAGACAGUGUUCAGCAAUGCCCCCAAGUUGGAUCGUACGAUGACGGAUAUCUAUAACGAUGAGCUCUACAGCCCAAACUUCACAAUCACAUCGGCAUCCCCGGCCCAAAGUCAAAUGGCUGUGUCUCCCAGCAACGAUGUCUUUGCUCAAAGGCUUAGCGCAGCCAACAACCAACACUUGAGCGCGGUGCAUUCACCUGCGUCCAGUGUAUCACGAGACCGGUCUCCAUUCCGCCAAGGCUCGCCACUCGCACCUGUUGCCAACCACGACUUCGGUGCCGGCAUGCAUGCCUCCCGUUUGAGGUUCAAUUCGGCACACCAAAUGCGAGAGCAGAACAAGGCGGACCAGGAUGCUCAGGUUAUGAGGCAACAAAUGUCCAUGAAGUCUGAGCCCGAUACUCCCAAGACCAUAUCCCCCAAGGACGCCAUGCUCGAGUUCCACGACGCUGAUGGCGAUUCUUCCUUCCCAUUGUUCCCCUCACAGGAGCCGGCGGAUUUUGAGGAUAUCGCAAAGGCCGUUGUCUCUCAGGAUCAGCAAGCGAACUUCAUCAAAUCUGGCAUGCAGACCGGAGCAUCUUUUCCUUUUAUGCCCGCACAACUCCAGGCUGGCGUCCAGAUCCCUCAGCAAUACCCUUUUAUCGCUCACCCCCGCCAAUCCCAGGAUCAUAUGCCUCGGCUCAGCUCUACCGAGUCUAGUGAUGGCGGUUCCGAGGGGACACCAAUGUCGAACGGUGGUCCUAUAUCCAAGCCAGCUGGUACCACCGCUGAUGGAGGGACGUAUACGUGCACAUAUCAUGGUUGCACGAUGCGCUUCGAAACGCCUGCUCUUCUGCAGAAGCACAAACGUGAGGGUCACCGCCAGACUCAAGGAAUCGGGGGCCCCCGGAGGCCCGACACCGUGGUUGCCUCGCCCGACAGCCUGCUGAACAGCCAAGCAGGUCCGCACCGCUGUGACCGCAUCAACCCAAGCACCGGCAAGCCGUGUCACACGAUAUUUUCACGCCCUUACGAUUUGACCAGGCACGAGGACACCAUUCACAACGCGCGGAAGCAGAAGGUUCGAUGCAAUCUUUGCACUGAAGAGAAGACAUUCAGUCGCGCCGACGCACUUACACGACACUACCGCGUCUGCCAUCCCGAUGUCGAAUUCCCGGGCAAACAUCGUCGUCGUGGUCACAACGCCUAG